AUGAGCAGCUUGCCGUCGCAGAGCAGUGAAACCACCCCCGAGCUCCGCUCUCCAUCGCACAGCAACAAGCCAUUGGAAGAGGCCAGCGGCGCUCGUCGUCCGAGGCGAUCACGUCGUUGGGUGGACAUGACCAAAGUUGCCUGCAAAGAGUGCCGAGAGAGACGAAGCAAGUGCGAUGGCCGAUUGCCAUGCGACCGUUGUCAAUCAAAAGACAUACCAUGUCAGUAUCCGACCACCAAGAGCAAAUCUAAGGGCGAACUACGGCAGGAACUAGGGGUGAUGCGCGAGGACCUUUUUUCUGCCAAACAAGUCAUCAAGGCGCUGCUCAACCAUGUUGGAGGAUCACAAGCUCUAGCACAAUUGGCCGAGGGGCAAGCUGCUGAGGCCAUCGUUGCCUCGCUGCUUGGCCGGCAUGUACCUGCCACUGCUGCAAAACUGACACCAAUCAUGCAGCAGCAUCCUUCACUGGUCGCGCUGCCGAAAGACAGGUCUUCAGAGUUGGACCCCAAGGACCCCGAGGCCACCAAGCAAACUAUGUUAUCGCCAUCUCUCAUAGAUCAGCCUAUAGUGCCAGACGUGCCUACGAGCUGGGACUGGUUUGAGAGCAACUACCAGCUGGCGAGUACACAUCAGGCUACCGACGGUCCUACAGUCCCAGGAGUUACUUGUCAGCCAUUAGUGACCCGACAAGACGGGCCAAUCAAGUUUCUAUCCGCCCAGCAAUCAGCGCAGGGGACGAUCACCGCCCCGGGCAGCUGGACGACUGUCACAAAUGACAUUGAGCUCGUUCACCAUCUCCUUGCUUUGUUCUUCUGUUGGGAAUAUCCAACUUUUGUCACACUGAGCAGAGAGCACUUUAUUGAAGAUUUUCGAAGUGGAUCUCACAGAUACUGCUCCCCAAUUUUAGUAAAUGCUAUCCUUGCUACAGGCUGCCGCUUUUCGAACCAACUUGUGGGAAGAAGGAUUUCGGAUGAUCCGUUUUCUGCUGGCGAUCUCUUUUUCCAAGAAUCUGAGCGGCUCCUCGAAUGCGAAAUUAAUCCGCAUUCGCUGCCCGUGAUUCAAGCACUUAGCAUUAUGUCUCUGAGGGAGAUCAGUUGCGGCCGGCAGCCGUCAGCAAAAUACCUAGCGGGCCAAGCUAUGCGACUCGCCUUUGAAAUGGGUUUGCACGCUCCCAAGGAAGCAGAGCACACUUCAGAUGACCUUCUUGUUUUGUCAGCGACGUUCUGGGGAGUCUAUACUCUGGAUAAUAUGUGGUCUCUGAUUAUCCCAGCCGAGCCCCACGCCACUAAGCAUCUGCGACUGCCUCUUAAGCGCUCUCUUCUCACAGCGGUCGACAGAUUGAUAUGGAUACCUUAUGUUGACGAAGGUGCCUUGUCUACGCAUUUAUGCAUCCAGCCAGCUCGAAUACCAACAGUGUUUAGUUGCUACUGUCAGCUCACAUACAUUAUCCAAACAUAUGCAUUCUACUUAGCAUGGUAUGAUAGCGCGCCGGAGCUAAGACAAGUCGGCAAACAUUCGACCCCAAGCGUUCUAUUCCUACAUAUAUAUUAUCACUACGCCAUAUUGACGUUGUUUUGGCCAGUGAUUGGCACUAAGCACAUGGGGUCUGGACUAUCUCCACCUUCUCUCUGCGUAGAAGCGGCCAAGACAAUUCAGGAACUCGUUCAAGCAUUUUCUCGCCUAUACACCCUGCGUAGAGCACCAGCUCUUCUAUCUCAUAUCCUUACGACUACCUGUAUAGCUCUCCUCACUAUUUCGAGAGACAAGGAAGUUCCGACUACAGCGUUUACAAGCUCGCAGGUAGGUUUACUACCUGAGGAUUUCUCUGCGUCUAUUAGCUAUGCCAUCGGGAGCCUUGCGGAAAUGGCCGUCUUUCACAAAGGUGCUCAGCAAGAACUGCUAACGGUCCAGCAACUUGUCUGUGACAUAUCUAUUUAG